ACGUGUUGGUGUUUGCGUGUGUGUGUGUGUGUGAACGCGUUAGAAGAUUAACACGAAAAUAAAUAUUCAACAAAUAUAAUUGCAAAAAUGUCAACAAUUUAAUUGUUGCAACCAGCAACUAGGCCAUACAUACUAAUCGUGUGUGCGGCACGGAGAGAGAUUGAGAGUGAACAACAAUAACAACAAAUAUUGGCAGCAGCUGCUGCCUGGAAGGAAUUAGGCGAAAAAGCAAAAGCUAAAAAAAUAACAAGAACAAGCACAGCAACAACAAAGGCAACGAACGCUAGCAAAACACGCACACGCACACACCAACACACACACGCACACCAACACGAAAACGCACGCUCGCACACACACACACACAACAUAUACACAGCAAUUGCGACAGAGACGGAGAAAAACAAAUACAAACAAAGGCAGCAGCAGUAGCAGCAGGCAGCUUUUCCAGAAAUUGGGUCGCGUUUAAUACACUUCUGCACACAUUUUUGCUGCGCGUGUGUGUGUGUGUGCGUUGUGUGCUCUUAUUUGUUAUGGCAACUUUGCGUACAUGCAUUAUUAUUGCCUGAAACACCCUGUAGUCGUCCAAGCGUGAGCGAGCGUGAGAGUGAGCGAGCAAGCGAGUAAACAGCGGCCAUGAGCGUCGUUGGCAAACAACUGAAUCCAGUGCCCACAGCUGCAGGAGCGUCCAACAGCAGCAGCAGCGGGGGCGGCGGCGGCAGCAGCAACGAUUCCGCUGCCACAACAACGGCCACAGCUAGCGGAGGAACUGCAUCAUCAUCGUCGGCAUCAUCAACAGCUGCGGGCAGCGGCAACGAUGGCAACGGCAGCGGAAGCAGCAGCAGCGUCAACAAAUCGCUGCCAAUGAAUGUGACGCCCGACGAUGUGUUGCAUCUGAAUAAGAUCACCGAUGAUUAUCUGUGUACGGCGAAUGCGAAUGUCUUUGAGAUCGAUUUCACACGCUUCAAGAUACGCGAUCUCGAAAGUGGAGCCGUUCUCUUUGAGAUCGCCAAGCCGCCCAGCGAACAGUUUCCCGAUGGCCUCUCCAUGGAGGACACAAUGCUGGCGGCAGCCGAAGAGCUGUCGCUCGAUGACACUGCCGAUCCAAAUGCCGGACGCUAUGUGCGCUAUCAGUUCACGCCGGCAUUUCUCAAUCUCAAGACCGUCGGAGCCACCGUGGAGUUCACGGUGGGCAGCCAGCCAGUCAACAAUUUCCGGAUGAUCGAGCGACAUUUCUUUCGCGAUCGUUUGCUUAAGACCUUUGACUUUGAGUUCGGCUAUUGCAUUCCAUAUUCCAAGAAUACGUGCGAGCACAUCUACGAGUUUCCUAAUCUUCCACCAGACCUGGUUGCUGAAAUGAUAUCGAGUCCCUUUGAGACGCGCUCGGACAGCUUUUACUUUGUGGAAAAUCGACUCGUGAUGCACAACAAAGCGGAUUACGCCUACGAUGGAGGCAUUAUCGUCUAGAGAUCGAAAGAAAGAGACAGAGAGAGAAACGAGAGAAAGAAAGAGACAGAAAGAAGCUAAAGAAUUGAUUGAAGGAUUGAUGCUAAGAAAACUAAGAACUAAAUCUAAAACCUAGAGCAAAAAAACUAAACUAAAUAACAACCAAAAGAAAAAAAACUACGAAGCUGACUCACACACACACACACACCAAAUACUCAGACACACACACACAUACAAGACAUAUACGCACAUAAAGCAAAACAAAACCAAAGCAAAAACAAGAAAUUGAAAAAGGAAAACAAAGAAAAAAACAACAACCAUUUUAGCCUUAGCACAAUGUUUUACCCACCAUUCCUGUUUAAUGUAUUUAUUAUGAUAAACACACACACACAGUCUCACACACACACACACGCACGCAAACUGUGUUCAUUUAUAAGAGGAGGAAAGUGGAAAACAAGAAAAGAGUUGGCAAAGAAAUCAAUUUAAUUUUUAAGUGCAAUGUGAUUCCCCUAAUUCCCCCUCCCCCUCAAACCCCUGCCCCUCCCUCCACUUAGUUGUAUUUAUUUAUUUCGUAAUUUAAGCAAAUCACUCACACAUUCUCACACACACACACACACAUACAUUCGUACGCAACACACACACUCAAAAAAUCAUGCAGCAUUUUGCAGUUUCCAUUUACCAUUUUUUGACUUUCUCAGUUUUUCUCAGUGUAUUUGUAUAGAUAUUUUAAUGAACUAUGAAUUCCAAAAACAAACAAAAAAAAAAACAAAAAGAAAUGAAAUGAAACAAAACAAAAAACUGAAAAAGAAAAACACAUGAGAACAAGAAUUAAAUUUACAUUCGAAAUGUAACAAUUACAAAA